AUGUUGACUGACACAUCUACAUCUGCAUACCAGAUCCAGCAUCUCCUUGGCAAGGAAAACUAUCAGACCUGGGCUGUCAAGAUCACUGACAUCUUGACCGACCUCCAGCUCGAAGACUACCCAAAAGGGCAGCUCCUGAAGCGCAGCAGUGUUGUCCCUCCACCCAUCACCAUCACCAUCCCCGAUGGCACCACGACCACCAUCACAUCCUCCAUCACUGUCUCCACUGCAACUGCCAGCAAAUGGGAGCGCAAGGACCGCCAGGCCCUCUCCGCAAUCCGUCUCCGUGUAACCAAUGGUCCGCUGGUUUACAUCACCAACGCAAGCUCGGCAAAGGAGGCAUGGGACUGUGUGAAAGAUGCGAGGGCUUCGGGGUGGACAGAGCACCAGUAUCACAACUCUCAAUGGACGCAGAUCCAAUAG